AUGAACAAAUGGCUAUUCUCUACACUUGAUGACUCCUGCGACGCAGCUACUUCGCUGAGAUUACUGGCCAGUAAUAACCCGAGGUCCGCAGAGAUCAUGAUCCGUAAUGGAUUGUGUUCCGUAUUCGACAAGAUCCUGGAACAAGGGUCGAUGAGAGUUCAAGCAGAGGUGGCUUGUACCAUUUCAGUGUUAGCCUCGAGCUUCCCCGAGAGCCAAAAAUCCUUUCACAUGAAGGCAAUGGCAGCAAAAGCUUUGAAGGAGCUAGCCAAAGGAAACUCUACUAUCUGCAAAGAUUCUUGUAUUACUGCUGUGGCAGAGCAAGUCUCUCACUUGAGACACUCAGCUUUCAAGCGCAAAUCCCCCAUUUUCAAGGCCAUUGUUAAUCAAACCCAUAGGCUCACCGAAGAAAAUGGAGAUACGGUUUUACUUAUACCAUACAUCACAUUGAUAGGGAACCUCGCACGAGCUUUUAGAGCGUCUGAUACAUCAAUGAUUGAGCAAUUGGUGAAGCUUCUUGGUCAUCAAGAUCCAGAGAAGCAGUUUUAG